UAGGUGCCUGAGAAUAGUCAUUCUGGCUCUGGAGCCUGCAUUAGGGUCACUAAAACACACUGACUGGAGUGUCUGCGUUUUCUCUCCAGUUGGAGCACGUCUUUCCUUAUCUCCUUGUAGUGUGUUUUCUGAAUGAAUUUCUCUGAGUGAGAAUCUUGGUUGGGAGUUAAGGGUUCUCCAUGGAGAGAUGACUUGCUAUUUCUUGCAUCUCUUAAUUGUCUCUAAAGCCAAGUUUCUCUUUUCUAGCCCAUGUAGUUGCACUCUGUAUCUUAUCAUUGAGGAGUUACUAUGACUCCUAAGAGUUGUAAGAACAAGUUAUUCAGUCUUUACCCAUAAGUUGUGUGGUGUCUGUAGGCAUUCUUGGGAUGAAUUUCUCCCAGAGCACUUCACUGUCUCCCCCUUGUUCUUUUUCUCUGGAGGUGCCAAAUGAGGGGGUGAGCCAGAAAGUGUAAUGGCGGGUGCCAGGGAGGUUACUGGGAGCCCUGGUGGUACAGUGGUUAAGAGCUCGGCUGCUAACCAGAUGGUGGCUAGUUUGAAUCUACCAGGUGCUUCUUGGAAACCCUAUGGGGCAGUUGCCCUCUGUCCGAUAGGGUUACUAUGGGUUGAAAUCAGCUCGAAGGAAACAGGUUUGGCUUUUUGGUUAUGGAGGUUACUGGUGGUGGCAGCUGUGAUUCCUGCUGUGUCUCCACCUGUGCAGCUGGCCUCAGGCGCCUGUCGGUCCCUGCGAUCUGCGAGGUGAGGACUGUCUUGCUGCCUUUGACAACAUGGGCAUCUUGAGAAAGAAGAGGAUUUGAAUAGGUCAGAAGUAAUAAUUUUAAUUUACAAUUAAAAAUUAUGUGUAGAUAUGCAGUCUCUGCUAUGUGGUUGAGACCACAGCCUCAUUCGUUUAUUCUUUCAUCAGUUGAGUGUGUCUGAUACACUACGGGCUCUGCUGGAUACUGGGCUUAGAAAUAAGAAAAGCAGAUUCUUGACCUCAGGAGCUCUCGGUCAAUUAUGGAUGCGACAGUUACAGCCUCCUGCUGUAAGGGCUUCCACAGAGGCUUCCUAGCAGGGGUGUCUAACUGGGCUUGGCAGUGAGGCUCAAGGAAGACUUCUGGAGGAUACUGUGCUGGAGCUAAAGGAUAAAAAUUAGCCAGACAGAAAGGGCAGGAGUGUUCCGGGCUUGCCCUCUAGCUGCACACCUCCGAAGUCGGGAGCGUUGCCUUAUUUUCGUGCUUUCUUCCUCCUUUAGGCUUCAAAAAUACACUGCUCUUGAGUUCUGUGACUUUUCUUUUAAGUGUGGUUAAUAGGGCAUUGGUAAUCAGUAGGCCAAGUGUGAGCAUUGGGAGUUCUUGAGCUUAUUGCUGUGCUGCAUUAGCGGCUUACCCGCCCUUUCCUCUCUGAGCAGCAGCAGCAGUCUUCGGGUUUAGUGGAGCCUGCAGGAACAGUCAGGAGAUGGCGCACUAAAAGUUGAAUGCUAAUUGAAUUUAAACGGUGAGGGAACCAAGGAGAGAAAGCAGUGUUAGCGAGUAAUUAUAAAAGUGUCCUUCUGUCCAUCAGCUGUUUUUUACCUUUUUACCUAAGCAUGUCGUUCCCACUCACCUUUUAGCCAGCUGUGAAUUCACACAGAUGUUCCUGUGACCUGAAAGAGACCCGAGGUCAAGUAAAGAUGAGCGGUUGUACUUGCAUUGGGCGUCAUUAAGGCACGUCUGAGUCUGCCUCCCUGGAAGUGAUCCAGCGCAGUGUACUGAUUGCACCUUGCCGUGACCCUGUCAGAGGUCAGGGAAACGGAGCCUUGCUGGUGGGAGCAGUUCACCUCUGGCCGCCUGUGUGAACUGGGCAGGAGAGAACAUUGAAAUUAUUCUCUAAGCUGUUUGAAGAGAGUGACUAAAUGCACCUGGGUCAGGCUGUCUGUGGGUAUGAAGUGGUUGGGAGACUCCAAGAACAUGGUGGUGAAUGGCAGGAGAAAUGGAGGCAAGUUGUCUGAUGACCAUCCGCAGACUCCAUCCAGAUUCCCGCAUGCGGGAAAGGACACCCUGAAGGCUGGCAGAAGUGCAGUUGACAGGAGGUCGAGCAGAUGUAAUGGUAAUUCUGGAUUCGAAGGACAGAGUCGCUAUGUACCAUCUUCUGGAAUGUCUGCCAAGGAACUUUGUGAAAAUGAUGACCUAGCAACUAGUUUGGUUCUUGAUCCCUAUUUAGGUUUUCAGACACACAAAAUGAAUACUAGCGCCUUUCCUUCGAGGAGCUCAAGGCAUUUUUCAAAAUCGGACAGUUUUCCUCAUAGCAACCCCGUGAGGUUUCGGCCUAUUAAAGGAAGGCAAGAAGAACUGAAGGAAGUGAUAGAGCGUUUUAAGAAAGAUGAGCACUUGGAGAAAGCCUUCAAAUGUUUGACUUCAGGCGAAUGGGCGCGGCACUAUUUUCUUAACAAGAACAAAAUGCAGGAGAAAUUAUUCAAAGAACAUGUAUUUAUUUACUUGCGAAUGUUUGCAACUGACAGUGGAUUUGAGAUAUUGCCUUGUAAUAGAUACUCAUCAGAGCAAAAUGGAGCCAAAAUAGUGGCAACGAAAGAGUGGAAACGAAAUGACAAAAUAGAAUUACUGGUGGGUUGUAUUGCCGAACUUUCAGAAAUUGAGGAGAACAUGCUACUUAGACAUGGAGAGAACGACUUCAGUGUCAUGUACUCCACGAGGAAGAACUGUGCCCAGCUCUGGCUCGGGCCUGCUGCGUUCAUAAACCACGAUUGCAGACCUAACUGCAAGUUUGUGUCAACUGGCCGAGACACAGCAUGUGUGAAGGCUUUAAGAGAUAUUGAACCUGGAGAAGAAAUUUCUUGUUAUUAUGGAGAUGGGUUUUUUGGAGAAAAUAAUGAAUUCUGCGAGUGUUACACGUGUGAAAGACGGGGCACUGGUGCUUUUAAAUCCAGAGCGGGACUCCCUGCGCCUGCUCCUGUUAUCAAUAGCAAAUAUGGACUCAGAGAAACAGAUAAACGUUUAAAUAGGCUUAAAAAGUUAGGUGACAGCAGCAAAAAUUCAGACAGUCAGUCUGUCAGCUCUAACACUGAUGCAGAUACCACUCAGGAAAAAAACAAUGCAACUUCUAACCGAAAGUCUUCAGUUGGUGUGAAAAAGAACAGCAAAAACAGAACGUUAACCAGGCAAUCUAUGUCCAGAAUUCCAGCUUCUUCCAACUCUACCUCAUCUAAACUAACUCACAUGAAUAAUUCCAGGGUACCAAAGAAACUGAAAAAGCCUGCAAAGCCUUUACUUUCAAAGAUAAAAUUAAGAAAUCAUUGCAAACGGCUGGAGCAAAAGACUGCUUCCCGAAAACUUGAAAUGGGAAACUUAGUACUUAAAGAGCCUAAAGUAGUUCUGUAUAAAAAUCUGCCCAUUAAAAAAGACAAGGAGCUGGAGGGACCAGUACAAGCUGGAGUGGCCAGUGGGUGCUUGACUAGACACGCAGCGAGAGAACACAGACAGAAUUCUGUGAGAGGUGCUCACACGCGGGGCGAGGGCUCCCCCUGUUCUUACAUCACCCGGCGGUCGGUGCGGACGCGGAUGAGCCUGAAGGAGGCCUCUGAGGUCAGGCUGGACCCAGACGCAGCGGACGGCCUCAGAGACAGCCCGGUGGAGCCAUGCGCAGACGAGGACGAGCAGCCAGUCCCUGGGCUGCAGGAGGAGAACCUGACUCGUGAAACCACACAGAAGGGGGACUCACAGUGUCACAAGAGUGACACCACCAUGUCAAAAAAGAAAUCACGACAAGGAAAGCUUGUGAAGCAGUUCACCAAAAUGGAGGAGUCUGCUCCGGGGCGUGAUUCCCCUGGGAGAGACAGCUCGGGGCCAGAUGUGCCAGGCUCCCAUUCUGACCAGGGGGAGCACAGUGGCACGGGGGGUGCGCCUGUGGGCUACACGGACUGCGCCCCCUCGCCCGUUGGUUGUUCAAUUGUUACGUCAGACAGCUUCAAAACAAAAGACGGCUUUAGGACUGCAAGAAGCAGGAAGAAGAGGCGGAUCACGCGGUAUGAUGCACAGCUCAUCCUGGAAAACAACUCCGGGAUUCCCAAAUUGACUCUACGCAGGCGUCACGACAGCAGCAGCAAGACAAACGACCAAGAGAAUGAUGGGAUGAAUUCCUCAAAAAUAAGCAUCAAGUUAAGUAAAGACCAUGAAAAUGAUAAUAAUCUCUAUGUAGCAAAGCUGAAUAAUGGAUUUAACUCAGGGUCAGGCGGUAGUUCUACGAAAUUAAAAAUCCAGCUGAAACGGGACGAGGAGGGUAGGGGGUCGUACGCAGAGGGCCUUCACGAGAACGGGGUGUGCUGUAGCGACCCCCUCUCCCUCCUGGAGUCCCGGAUGGAGGUUGACGACUACGGUCAGUACGAAGAGGAAAGUACUGAUGACCCCUCCUCCUCGGAGGGCGACGAGGAGGAGGAUGACUAUGAUGAUGACUUUGAAGAUGACUUUAUUCCUCUUCCCCCAGCUAAGCGGUUGAGGCUGAUCGUCGGGAAGGACUCCAUCGAUAUUGACAUUUCUUCCCGGAGGAGAGAAGACCAGUCUCUGAGGCUCAAUGCGUAAGGUCGUGGUCUUAACUUGAGCCGGGAUAACUACUUUAAAGAAAUAAAAAAUUCCAGUCAGUUAUUCCUCAACGGAAACGUUGCAGGGGCAGCACUUCUGCUGUGUCUUCCCUUAGAGCGUAAUACUGUAGAAAGUGUACAGCGUACUGACCCUUCCGAAGUCUGAUUUGUGCACAUUUUUAUUGUACUUUUUAACUAGCCUUCUUACGUGCAAUUCUGAGUUCGAGGUAAAGCCCUGUUGUAAAAUAAAGGCUCAAGUAAAAUUGUACAGUGAGAUCAACUUUCCACACAGGACGUUGAAAACAAUAAUGUGGCUACACAAUUCUUUUUAACUCUGAGAGCGUCAGCUGCUCUUUAAAAUACGACUGAACGAUAACUGAAAUCAUAGCAGCAGCAUAUUAAGGUUUUCUAGUACAUGCUAAUAUCACCAGCAAUGAUCUAUGGCUUUUUGAUUUAUUGGCUACGUGUCCCCCCUUUGGAGUUUUGUCAGUUGCGCACAGUUUGCUGGCCCAGGUGUGCUGUUUGUGGUCUCUGUUAAAGUAGCAAACCAGUGGUUGGGAGUCAGAUUGGUUUCUGUGAAAAAAGGAAGCCCAGUGACAUGCGUGCCCGCCGACUCUCAGGCACACGGUGUGUCCGAGGGCGGCGUGUGCAGGGUGAGUUCCAUGCCGCGUAUUUAUUGCUUGUCGUGUAAAUUAAAGACCUUGUAUUUAACACUUUCCGAUCCUUUUAGAUAAAAUUGUUUUUUGCAAGAAUGAUUGGUGCUUAUUUUUUCAAAAAUUUGCUGUGAACAAUGUGAUGACAACAAGAAACAACAUUUAUCUAAUGAACUACAGCUCUCUUAAUUUGGUUCUUCGAGUUUUCUGUUGCACUUGUAAAAUGCUACAAGGAAUAUUAAAAAAAAAAAUCUAUUCACUUUAACUUAUAAUAGUUUAUGAAAUAAAAACAUGAGUCACAGCUUUUGUUCUGUGGUAACCUAUAAAAAUGUUUGUCUCGGAAAUUCAGUGUAAAGAACUGAAAACAAUGUAUAUGUUGUAAAUAUUUGUGUGUUGUGAGAAAUUUUUGUCAUAAGAAAUUAAAAGAACUUACCAGGAAGGUUUUUAAGUUUAGAAAUAUUCAUGCCAAUAAAAUAGGAAAUUAUAAAUAUAUAGUUUAAAGCACUGCAUCAGUGGAAGUUCCUGGCUUAUGUUAGUUUAAUGUAUGAAAAUAUCUAAGAUACUUUGACUAUAUUAUCAGUUAAACAAAAAGAGGAGUCAGAUUUAAUUUGUUUUUUGAAGCACUUUGAGAAGAGAAAUUAAUUUUAAGUAACUUAAUGAGCGAAUUUUGGAUUACUACUUUAUGUUCAAUACCAGACUCUUUCUUGAUUUCUCUGGAUUAUUUUACAAAUCAUCGAACAAAGGGUUUGGGAACAUAAAUCUGUGGCAGGCGCUUGAUGCCACUGAGUCUCUUUUUCUGGGAAAGGUGAGUGAGCUGUGCUGAAAGACACACAAUGUCCCUAGGAGAACCAGCCUAGGGGAUUCGUGUGUGUCCUAGGAGAGCAGCCCAGGUUUGAAAUACAGCAAGGACACCUGUAGAAACCUCAAGUCCGACGGAGAGAACUCAGUGCUCACUGUCAUUGCUAAUUGAUUCCUACCACUUCCAGGUUGUGGGGACAGGAUUUAGAUUAAGUUCCUUAAAAUGAUUACCAGUCGAUUACAAAUAGAAAUUAAUAAUAUUCCUAAAAGUGUCUCAGAUUUAGAUUUCUUUUUCUCCUUGGUUCUCCAAGGAAGUACUUCUGUAGUCUCGUGUAGUCCCAUCGUUACGCAUAUGGUGCAGUUGGAUCCCUCAGGUACUGAUCGGGAAGCCCGUGGUAGACUUGGUCCCCACACUCACACCCCCUUUUGCUGCGUUGAGAAACGUUAGCCUCACACCGCAGGACAGCUGCGCAGGCCCAAGAGCCACUGUCACGGGGUACUUUACAGCCCGUGCCACUGAGGAGAGGUGAAGAUUAGCCCCUGUGUCCGGGGAAUACCAGAGAGCAGUGGGCCCCCUCUCAUCCCCACCUGAGCUUGGGGUGUUCUGAAAAAGGUCAGAGAGUAAAUCUUGAACUGUUUGAGUACCAACAACAGCCAUUUUGGGAAUUUCCAUUUUGUGGAAAAAGUAACAAAACAUCACUUUUCCCAUUUUUCUCCAUUUUUCAGCCUAAUUUUAGUAAUUUAUUUAUGGUGUUUUAAUUUUAUUGUGGCCUCAUCUUCGGAGGCUGACCUUCCCGUGGGUCUCAGAGCAGUGACGUUUGGUGACAAGUCACUGCCUCUCAGGAGUCGGUAUGCACAAGCACUCAGCAGCCACUGUUGAUGCCUUCUAGAGAAACCCAACCUCCGUUUGUCAAUGGGCGGGGCCUCGGGACUGUUCUGGACCUGUUGUCAAACUUGACAGUGUGGGAUGGCCAGGUCCACACACGCCAGUGACCUGUUUGGAAGAGGUUGCAUUCAAUAAAAUUUUUAGCUUGAACUUAUGCAAUGAUUGGUAAAGAUUUUGGCAUUGUACGAAUUAGGAAAUGAUCAUAGAAAUAUAUGUGAAGUAUUCAAUUUUCAAUCAUUUUUCAAAUUACUGUGUUUUAAAUUGUUUUGCUGAGUUGUAAUACUUUUGAGAUACAGUGUAUUCCUUGUACUGAAAGAAUGAAAAAGGAUUUUUCAGCAUUUGAGGUAAGUUCUUUAACGUUUCAUUAAAAACAUUUUUUACAAAUAUUUUGUACAUGCACUUGCAGUAUUGAGGUUAAUCAUUUUAAUAAAUUCGGAAAUUAAAACAAUUUGGCCAGUGUUCACUGUAUCUGAGAAAAAAAAAAAAGUGGUAGCUUUCUCCACAAGGUUUUUGUGUAAAGCGGAAUUUGUAACAUCAAGUUUCUAAAGCUCGUCAGCAGCGUCUGUCGAGUCUCCUGUUGCCGCUCAGUUUAAAGGACUGACUGCUUCUUGCACUUGAACUACAUCUGCUCCUAGCCCUUGAACCCAAGAAGUUUUCAAAAUGGAGCAGAAUGGCAUUUGAGGGCUUUUGCAAGCGAAUUACUAAGGGUCUCUGAUUGCUCAGGGUGUUUUUACCGCCAGAUUGGACAGGACCAGCAUACCACAACUGGCACGGGCCCUUUUUCCCAGUUGUGCUGCAUAACCUAGUCACAGGAAACAAGACUGGCUCAGGAGUCGGGCCACCUGCGCUGGCCCAGCUCUGCACCGUCCGAGGGAGCCUGAGCAAGCUGGGCCAGCUCCAAGCCUCGUUUCCUGGCACCUACACAGGCCUCAGCCAGGUACCGCUGUGGCCAGGUGGGGACGCCUAGUCCCAAAACCAGUUACAUGUCAGGAUACACUGCAUCCACACAAGAUGAGCGGUGCGUGCGGCUGACCGUUCUUGUUAAUGUGGUCUCUGACCUAGAGUCUCAGGUUUUCUCAGAUGAGCUACUCCUGUCCGGUAUUCAGGGGCAGCUCGCAGGAGGGCAGUGUGCCCCCACAGCCCUUGGUGAUUUCUGCCUCUCAAGUGCCGGUGUCCGGUCUGACGUGCCCCAUCCACAGAACCCAGUGUCCCUCAGCAAGGUAAAAACAAGCUGCAGGCCUAAGGGCACUUCUAGCCCCAGGGUUCCGGUAAGCAGAGCCCCGGUCUCUGACUUCUCCCCCGCCAGCUCCCCGGUGAGCGGGCAGCUCUGUGUCUGCUGACGCUGCAGCCCUAGGGGACAUGCAUUUGGAUCCUGACUCGGGAAAGGACACAGGGAUGUAUAGGUG